UUAAGACUUCAGAGUGCCCACCUCCCUUCCUGCAAAUUUCUGGGUUCCUUCCUCAGAUACUAAUUUUACGAUUCCUUUCUCUCUGGUCAUUAAGAUUAGAAUUUGUCUUUCUUCUCCAGCUUAAAUUCUUCACCUCUGCAACACCUUUCACAGAGGCAGAAUUCAAUUGAAGACUGUCUUAUUGUUUUUACAUAGACACAGCCUGGCUAGCAAUGGCUUCCACAAGCGUUCAAAUGGCGUCUGAUUAUUCUUCUUCCACCCCUAGAUGCACGUAUGACGUGUUCUUGAGUUUUAGAGGGGAAGACACCCGCAACAAUUUCACCGAUCACCUGUAUACUGCUUUGGUUCAAAGGGGCAUCAAUACUUUUAGAGAUGAUAAACUUAGAAGAGGAGAAGAGAUUGCACCAGAGCUUCUAAAAGCUAUUGAAGAAUCAAGAUCUUCCAUUGUUGUUUUCUCAAAAACUUAUGCUCAUUCAAGGUGGUGUUUAGACGAGCUUGCAAAGAUCAUGGAGUGUAGACGUGAAUAUAGGCAAAUAGUAUUGCCAAUUUUCUACCAUGUGGAUCCAGCGGAUGUGCGUAAACAAACAGGGAGUUUUGGAGAAGCAUUCACCAGCUAUGAAGAAAAUUGGAAGAACAAGGCACAAAGGUGGAGGGAGGCUUUGACCGAAGCAGGCUAUAUUGCUGGAUGGCCUAUAAACAAGGGGUACGAGUCAAGGCCUAUUGAGGAAAUUAUUAACCACAUCCUCAAAAGAUUGAAUCCUAAGUUUUUGCCUAUUAAGGAGCACAUGGUUGGAAUGUAUGUUCACUUGGAAGAACUAAAAUCAUUGUUAAAAAUGCAGUUGGAUGAUGUUCGCAUGGUUGGGAUCUAUGGAAUUGGUGGAAUUGGCAAAACUACUAUUGCCAAGAUGGUUUAUAAUGACAUCCUAUGUCAAUUCAAUGGUGCUAGCUUUCUUGAAGGUGUCAAAAAUAGAUCCAAAUGUUACAAUGAUCAACUUCAAUUACUGCAAGAACUUCUUCAUGGCAUUAUGGAGGGUGGACAUUUAAAAUUAGAAAGUAUUAAUGAUGGAAUGAAUAUGAUCAAGGGCAGACUUGGCUCAAAAAAGGUUCUUGUUGUUUUUGAUGAUGUCGAUGAUUUGGACCAAGUACGAGGAAUAGUUGCAAACUAUAAAUGGUUUGGUGGAGGAAGCAGAAUCAUCAUAACUACCAGAGACAAACAUUUGCUAGAUCAAUAUGAGGUGCAUGCAUCAUAUGAGGCUAAGGUGUUAUGUUAUGAAGAUGCUAUUGAACUCUUUAGUUGGCAUGCCUUCAAAGUACAAAACAUACGUGAAGAUUAUGUAGAGAUGUCAAAUAGUAUGAUAAAAUAUGCGCAAGGCCUUCCUUUAGCCCUUGAAGUUUUGGGCUCUUCUCUUUAUAACAAGACAAAAGAUGAAUGGAAAAGUGCAAUAGAGAAAUUGAAAAAAAACCCUAACAAGAAAAUUAAUGAUGUGCUUAAAAUAAGCCUUGAUGGGCUUGAUCGUACUCAAAGGGAGAUUUUCCUUCAUAUCGCAUGCUUUUUCAAGGGAGAAGCUAAAGAUUUUAUAUUGAGAAUAUUAGAUGAUCAUGCAGAAUAUGACAUAGGAGUUCUUUGUGAUAGAUGCCUAAUAACUAUUUCCUACAACAAGGUAGAAAUGCAUGACUUGAUACAACAAAUGGGUUGGACAAUUGAUCGUGAAAAACAUCUUAAAGACCCAAGCAAAUGGAUCAGAUUGUGGGAUCCAGAUGAUAUUUCUAAAGCAUUUUCUGCACAAGAGGGAAUGGAACAAGUUGAAGUCAUAUCAUAUGACUUGUCUCGAUCAAAAGAAAUGCAGGUGAAUAAAAAGGUUUAUGAAAAUAUGAAGGAACUAAGAUUUCUCAAACUCCAUUGGGGGGAUCAUCAUGGUUUUACGACGAAGAAAUAUAAAGUGUUCCUUCCCAAAGACUUUGAGUUUCCUUCUCAAAAGUUAAGAUAUCUUUAUUGGGAUGGAUACCCUUUGCAAACCUUGCCAUCAAAGUUUAAUGGAGAGAAUCUUGUUGAGCUCCACAUGAAAAAUAGCACCAUAAAACAACUUUGGAAUGGGCGUAAGAUUCUAGGAAAUUUAAAGAUCAUUGACUUAAGUAGAUCACGAUUGCUCACCAAAAUGCCAGAAUUAUCAAGCAUGCCAAAUCUUGAGGAGCUUAACCUCGUGUGUUGUGAAAGGUUGAAGAAAUUUCCUGAGAUCCGUGAAAAUAUGGGACGUUUGGAGAGAGUUCAUUUAGAUUGCAGUGGAAUUCAGGAAAUACCGAGCAGUAUUGAGUACUUGCCAGCUCUUGAAUUUCUUACACUUCAUUAUUGCAGAAAUUUUGACAAAUUUCCGGAUAAUUUUGGGAAUUUGAGACAUCUAAGGGUCAUCAAUGCAAACAGGACUGAUAUUAAAGAACUUCCUGAGAUCCAUAAUAUGGGAAGUCUAACGAAACUUUUUCUAAUCGAGACUGCUAUUAAAGAAUUACCACGCUCAAUAGGUCAUCUCACCGAACUUGAGGAGUUAAAUCUAGAAAAUUGCAAAAAUUUGAGGAGUCUUCCUAAUAGCAUUUGUGGGUUGAAAUCACUUGGAGUCCUCAAUCUCAAUGGCUGUUCAAAUCUGGUGGCUUUUCCAGAAAUCAUGGAGGAUAUGGAAGACUUAAGAGAACUUCUUUUAAGUAAAACGCCUAUAACAGAGCUGCCACCAUCAAUUGAACAUCUAAAAGGUCUUGAACACUUGGAAUUGAAGAAUUGUGAGAACCUUGUGACUCUUCCAGAUAGCAUUGGUAAUUUGACACAUCUUCGUAGUCUUUGUGUUCGUAACUGUUCGAAGCUCCACAAUUUGCCCGACAAUCUGAGAAGCUUGCAAUGGUGCUUAAGAAGACUGGAUCUAGCUGGUUGCAAUCUGAUGAAAGGAGCAAUUCCUAGUGAUUUAUGGUGCCUAUCCUUACUGAGAUUUUUAGAUGUGAGCGAAAUCCCUAUUCCUUGCAUACCUACUAACAUAAUCCAACUCUCUAACCUGAGAACGCUUAGGAUGAAUCACUGCCAGAUGCUUGAAGAAAUUCCAGAGCUUCCAUCAAGGCUAGAAAUCUUAGAAGCACAAGGUUGUCCACAUCUGGGAACUUUAUCAACUCCUUCGAGCCCACUCUGGUCUUAUCUCCUCAACCUCUUCAAAUCACGUACUCAGAGUUGUGAAUACGAAAUAGACUCAGACUCCUUAUGGUACUUCCAUGUACCUAAAGUUGUUAUUCCAGGAAGUGGUGGAAUACCAAAGUGGAUAAGUCAUCCGAGUAUGGGACGCCAAGCAAUAAUAGAGCUCCCAAAGAAUCGGUAUGAAGAUAACAAUUUCUUGGGAUUUGCUGUUUUCUUCCAUCAUGUUCCACUUGAUGAUUUUUGGUCGCAUUGGCAUAGGCGUUUUCUACAAUUUGAAUUGAGGAUAUCCCAUGAUGAUCAAUCUGAACGGGUAAUUAAAAUAAUGAGUUGUUUCCAUUUUGAAACAUGCCGUAGUAGUAGUUCAUCAUCUGAGGGUAUAUGCCUCGACAAUGUUAGCACAUCGGAUCCACCAUUGUGCGUGACCUAUCUCCCUAAGUUUGCCAUUCCAAGUGAGCAUCGAUACGCUAAGCGUAGUCAACGUGAUACUAUCCCAGUCGUUGAAGUGGAAAUUUGUGGGAUACAUCUUAUAUACUCCAAAAAUGAUCACCAACAGAAUCAGAGCCAUUGGCGUGAAGCCAUGAUAAAAGAUCAAGACAUCUCCUGUGAUUUCCAAGCUUCUCCCUACAGGUCCUUUCGGAUGAAAGAAAUCCCCAAGUGGAUCAACGCGUGGAGGUCUAGUGAAAGCGACAGCUCUAAUACAGAAGGCUCAGAAUCAGAGAACUCUGAUUACUAUUCUGCUGACGAGGGGGACCCCACUGUUGACUGUUGACUGCUGAGGAGGAACCGACCACUCAAAUGCUUGAUACGCAUCCAAAUGUUCUCAUAUCAAUUCUUGACCCCUCUUAGACCAAUGGAUAUUCGUUGACCACCCGGGAAAAGCUAGGAUUUUUUUAUUUGGAGGAGUAGGGGACGGUUUCCAAGUGAGUUACAUGCUAGGACGUGUGGCAGGGACUACCAACUUGCGAUGGUGGUGGUUGAGGGUGGUGACCUCUUUGCUAAAGGGUGAGUAGUGGAACUGGUAGAAGCUUAUAUGAGAAGGAAGAAAUAAAGCAAGAUGAGGGGGGUUGUGGGUCGGCGGAUUCUAGAGGAGAAGAUUUCGAGAGCAAAACAAAAGAAAAGAGUUAGAAGCUCGGAUGAUCAAAUUGGAAAUGAGCUUUUCCAAGUAUGAAUGUUAUGGAUUUCUGACUCAUUUGGAUUCUUAUUGUUCUUCUAUAUUUCAUGUUGAUCUUUGAAUGUCAUUGACCUAUUUGGGUGUGGAUGACUAAGGCCACAUGCAUGUUUUGAUGAUUCUAGACUAUUUUGUGGUUUUGAUACUGUUUUAUUCUUCUUUCAUAUCCUUUGAUUUCAUAUGAAGAUUAUCCUGUAUAUUGCUCUGUUCUAGAUUUUAUU